AAACGCAGAGUCUCUCUACUUGCUUGACUUACUGAGGAAAGAAGGAGUGCGAUACACUAACAGUCAUUUCGUGAUUUCGGGCUUUGACCAACUCACUCCGUGCCCGAGACCCUUUCUCGCAAAUGAAUUUAGCUAGAAUUACACGUCGCUUGUUAGCAGGACCCGACGCGGUCGAUGCAGUUGAAGCAGGUUGUUCCUGUGGAGAAUCUGAAGAACAUGUCUUCAACAUCUAUUAUGUAUUUACCUGUAUCCUUCUGGUCGUCGUCUCGGGCCUCUGCUCUGGCCUUACACUCGGUGCGAGCAAAGUGAGCCGAUUCGGGUGCGACGCUUCUCGACUGAACAAUUGUGUCUCCUCUGUUCGUUGCAGGACUGCUCUCGCUAGAUGUGGUGGAGUUGGAAGUGCUGAAGCGGAGCGGGAAACCGCGGGAGCAGAUGUAUGCCGAGCGCAUCAUGCCUGUAAUCAAGAACACGCACCACCUCCUCGUGACGCUGCUGUUAUGUAAUGCAUUGGCGAUGGAGGCGUUGCCCAUCUUUCUGGACAAGCUAGUGGACCCGCUAACGGCGGUGCUUGUGUCGGUGACGGCGGUGCUGUUCUUUGGAGAAAUCAUCCCGCAGGCUCUGUGCUCCAGGUUCGGCCUGGCCGUGGGUGCCAACCUGGCCUGGCUGGUCCGCGCGCUCAUGUUCCUUACCUACCCGCUUGCGUGGCCCAUCGGCAAGCUGCUGGACCUGCUGCUGGGCAGCGAGCACCACACACUGUUUCGGAGGACGCAGCUCAAGGCGCUCGUGGACCUGCACGGGACGGACACGGGCCUCGGAGGCAAACUGAGCAGGGACGAGAUCAAUGUCAUCACAGGUGCACUGGACCUGACCCACAAGAUCGCGUUCCGUUCCAUGACGCCGCUCGACAAGGUGUUCAUGUUGUCUCUGGAGGAGACGCUGAACGACGCGGUGGUGGAGGCGGUGCUGGAGAGCGGGCACAGCCGCAUCCCGGUGCAUCGCGGCACCGACCGCCAUGACAUCGUGGGACUGGUGCUUGUGAAGGAACUGCUGAGCGCGGUGCGGCAGCGUGGCCAGGACGUGCCUGUUUCAUCCCUCAGAAUGCGGCAGCUUCCCAUGGUGCCAGCCCACACCGCCAUGUACGACAUGCUCAAGCUGUUUGCCAUUGGCCGCACGCACAUGGUGGUGUUAGUGCAGCCGGAUGAGGAGCAGCUGGAGGAGAUGCUGGACGAAGUGGCGCCGGACAGGAGCUCGAGCAGCAGUAGCAGUAGCAGUAGCAGCAGCAGCAGGAGGACCAGCUUAGAAGAGCGGCAGCGGCUGGUCGGAGACCAUGCCCCGCUCUCAGAUGCGGCGCCGACGGCGGAUGGAGCGCAACGCAACGGGAACGGCAACGGUAGCGUUCACGGCGCCCACUCUUCAAAUCUCUUCCUGGGGGCGCGUCGGAGGUCCGGGGAGGGGCUGGCCGUGGAUGGUCUGGACGCAACAGCAGCGGCGGCUGCAUCGGCCAUGGAGAUGGGCCAGUCCGUACCCCUGGGCGGCUCGCGCGAGUCGUCCAUAGGGCACAGGCGCUCCGUCGCGGGCUUCGACGGCAUUGCCUCUCCGCGCAACGGGGGCAGCGCACUGCCCAGUGCAACGCCGCUCGCCGGCGCAACGCCACUCGCCGGGGCGAAUGGCAACGCCACACCGCCGGCCGCGGUGCGGCACGGCACAUUCAGCUUGCACACCGUCAGAUCAUUCGUGCUUGGCGGCCGGGAGCGCGACAAGGACCGGGAUAAGGACACCGGGGGCGACAGCCACGACCAUAGCCACCACAAGGAGGAGAAGGAGAAGGGCAAGGACCGGGAAGGCAGCCACAAGGGAAGUAUGUUCUCGUUGCGGCGCAGCCGCAAAGGCAGCCGCCGCGGCAGCCACGACGGCAACAGCAGCGACAGCAGCAGCGACAGUAGCAGCAGCAGCAGCUCCAGCGGCGACCCGCACUCACACAUGCGCACUGGAAGCGGCAACUUGUCAGACAAUGCGCCGCUCAUUGAGGCGAUUGAGGCGCUGGAGGACCAGCUGGAGGACAACCGUGUGCUGCCCGGACAGCCCAUCGGCAUCAUCACCAUCGAGGACGUGAUCGAGGAGCUGCUGCGUGUGGAAAUCAUGGACGAGACCGACCAGUACAUGGACAACGAGAAGUCCAAGCCCGCGUUCGACGCCAGGCAGGAGAUGAGCAACGCGCUGCCUGAGCGCCUGCAGGCGGUGCUUGGGCUGUUCACCGGUCGCGAUGUGUCCAACCAUCUGGGCCGCAUGUCCAGCGCAAGGCGAGACCCGCGUGUGGUCGCUGUUGCAGGCGGGCCCACAGGCGGUGCGGCGCCCGGCACCCCGAGUGCGGGCGUGGCAGGAGCGGCUGUCCUGCCCACCUCCAGUAGCUUCGGUGCGCUGCGUGCUGUGGGCAUCACCACCAGCCCCGCGGUGAACGCGGCUGGUGUGGUGACCGGAGGUGCAACGUCAUCUGCUGCGGCGGCCGCGGGUGUCGCGGGGGCCGGCGCAGCCGCUGGUCCUGGCGCCCAGGGCUUCGCGCCGGCGCCGCCCGGGCCGGCGCCCUUCCUGCGGCCUGCCUUCCUGCAGGCCAUUCUGGGCUCCUCCAACAUUCCAGCCGCAGCUGCAGGCUUUACACCUGUCGCUAGCGCGGGCGGUGGGGUAGGGGCAGGAAGCGGAGCUGCUGCUGGAGGCACUGCGGCCACGGCGGCUGCGGUGUCCGCUGAGGCGCGGUCCCGGCACAGUAGGUCUCGCUCCAGCACACAGCUGGCGCUACUGGGCAAUGCUGCAGCAGCUGCAGGCGCAAGCUCCUCGUCAGCGGCAGUGGGCAGUACGGCUGCUGGAGGUGCAGCAGCUGGGAACACGUGGCUCGGGCAAUGGCUCUUCGGCGGCACGGGGCCAGGGGCGCCGGCGGGGGCGGCUGGCGAGUCGGCCAACAUGAGUCGCCUGGGCUACAGCAGCCUCCUGCAGCAGUCUGGGGCGGGUGGGUCGGGCGGCCAGCAGCAGCAUCUGCCGGGCCUAGCGCGCACAUCUGCACCCCGAGCUGGGGGGCUGUUAGCACCAGGCGGAGGCAGCGGCACGGCGGCUGGUGGCGGCGGGCACGGCGCGUCCCGGCACCUGGUGACGGGGCACCUGGUGGGACACACGAGUCAGCUAGGGGCCAUUGCCGCCAGCCUCCCCCGCCGAGGGAAAGGCAGGCGGUCCCACCUGCACGGGGAGUCGCGCAGCUCAAACCCGGGCAUGGUGGCACUGGAUGUGUUGGAUGGAGACGGCGAGACACACAAGACGGAGCACGGCUCCGGUGCACGGCAGCCGUAUGACCUUGCGCGUACGUCGUCGAUGUGAGCUUCAGCGUGCGAGAGCCUACCUAACGUGUUUUAGUUUGGGAACUGGGCGUGUGCUGUACGGUAUUGCUAUAAUGUGGCGUAAUUAGCAAGAGUGGCAACAAGACAGACUGCAGUUACCCAGGUGAAGUGAAGCAGAAUGAGAGGCCGUUGGCGAGUAGAAGUGAGUGCUGUAGCGCUGUGUACGUUGGGACAGGGUGAGGACAGGUUUGCGUAGUUCGUGCUCCUGAUGCGCGUAGACACCUCAGCAAGGUCUGCUGCCCAUGACGGCCCUGGGGCCGGGCGCCUACUCAGUCCUUUCGCCAGCUACAGCCGAGUGAGUGCCAAUGUAAGUAGUAGAGCUAGAAGCAACAAGAAGCCCGUUGCAUAUGGGUUUCUUUCUCGCAACGGGGUUUGUGUAGCAACUUCUCGCCCUCAACGCUCUCGCCUCGGCCCUCGCACACAUUACACGUGUCGGCAUGUCGCGCUGCUUAGCUGAAGAUGGUGACGAACGCACUUGCAGCAGAGGAGGCUCCUGGACGCGUUUGGAGACGCGUCUGGAGGUAGUUGUAGGGGGCACUGAUCAACCCAAAACUGAACUGAAUGGCCGAGGCGCUAGCGGCUCCGUGCUUGGGUAAACGUGGUGUUGGUCGCACUGUGCGUCACUGUGCCUCACACGCGCCAGUUCAAGGUUCUUUGCUCUAAACCAUGGUGUAACCCGCGUUACCC